AGUGGAGCCGCGGACAGUCGCCUCGACGCUACCAUCUCUCUCAGUUGCUCCACAGUUUCCAGACUCGGCGGACAGGCAGGCAGAAAAUGCGCUCCGCGGCCGUGUGCAUCGCCUUCGUCCUGACGUACACGAGCGGGUCGUUUGUCGCAGGUUUGCGAUAUAUCGAUCCGCAGGCGGGAAGUAACGGCGACAUCGGCGACAAACGAUUGGACCUGACCGAGCCGUCGUGCGACGAGCUGCGCGCUAUGUGGAGGUACACGAAGAGGCAGAGCAGAGCCGCUAAAACCACCAACGGAUACCCGAUGUACUCGUUCAAUCCCAAUAUAUGGCCACGUACCGCAAUGUUUCCCGAUCGCAUUAAAUUAUCCAGAGGAUACACGCGAGACAUUGUCGCUCCUACACGACUGAAAUUACGAGAAGAGUUGGAAGGGAGACACGCUGGACGGCCGCGUAGUCGGGCUGCCGGAGGUGCACCAAUUUACGGGAGGAUGGUGCACAAGGCCCCGGCAGGAAGCCGAUGGAGAAAUGCGAUGCGGGGACCUUCGCGUAUGAGGAUCAUUGAGGAGUUAUCGCGACAUUUCGGGACCGUGAAUACAGGUCCUUAUUUGCUGAACAAUCGUCGAACCAACUUCCGCGUCGGCGGCGGUAUCUCAUCGCAGGUCCCUCAAUCCGGCAGUUUCGAGGCGCUCAAAAAUCUCGUCCAGGCCGAGAGAGCACGCGAAUUACAGGAGCAACAUACAGCUGAAGAGAUGAUAGCGAAAGCCGCCGCUUUUAGAGACAGUAAAGACCUAGUAAACGAAGAGCAACUGCUGAAUCGACAACAAUCGCGAAAGCAAUUCUCCAAUUCAUUGCCACUCCUAGAAAUUACACCAAAGGUCAAUUACGAUUACAAUCAGCGGCGUUACAACAACCCGCCUAACAUUGGUCAAGCUUGGUCGAGGAGCGGACCUCUUCCGCGAGAAUACAUGUUACCUUAGUAUGCUGCGAAUUGUUGCGAGGAAACGGUACAAAUCCGAAAACUGCCGCAUGCAUACUAGUGUUUGUGUCUGCUCUGUAACCGACGACGCAGCUGCAGCCGGUUGCAGCUGUCAGCGAUGCUGCGACUGCAAGAAUAAGCGACGCUCGUCUUGAAGAUCGCGUAUGUUUUGAAGAACCUAUGGCUCUGGUAUCUCUGCGAAUCUUUAAAUUUUUGUGUCAACAAUACGUAAGUGCAAAUCAGAAAUGUUAAUCCAAUAUCAGCCAGUGUCGAGAAAUCCUUUCGACAUCCGGUUGCAAAAAAAGGCAGUCAUUCUCCGUAUCGAAAGUUUUAAUACCCCAAACGAAUUCUAAGAAAGAACACAAGUAUCAGAAAUGGAUUGAAUAAGGACACCUCUAUUAAGUAAAAAUUCCAAAGAGCUAUGUUUCUUGAAUAUAUCGAAAUAUCGCAUGCAUAUCUCUAACGUAAAUAGAAUUAAAUAUUAAAUUAAAUAUUAAAUGCAUGAAAUAAAUUUUAUUUAUAUAUGGGAUCUCAUUAAUGAUGUGCAUGCGUUUUUCAUAUAUGUAUAUAUUUGUGCAGUUCGAUGCAGUUUCGCAAUAAAAGCGAAACAAGUAAUUUGACAUAAAACGGCACAUUUUUAUGGAUUGUAAUUCUCCGCGUUUGAAAUUUGCAAAAUGAAACGUCAGAGAGCAAAAAAGAUGAAUAUUAUAGUAGAUUCAUUAAAUUCGCACACAUUAAUUGUGUUAUCAUCAGAACAACUCAGAAAAAGAAAACUUUCCUUUCACGAUUUCAAAGUUAUAAUUUUUAAAGUGAUAUAAAACCUAAAAUUGCCCCCCCCCUCUCUCUCUCUC